GCUCACUAAAUGGCGCCUCCUGAUUGUUUAAUCCAAUCACGGGGAUUGGCGACAAGCCGAUGAAGAGGAGGUCAGUCGGCGUGAGGAGGAGACAAGUCGAGUCGCUCCAUGAGAUCUUAAGACUACUCUUCUCUGCUCGUUGAGGACCCCCGCCAUUCAGCAGCCAGGAUGGCUCGGGACAUGUCGGAUAAAGAAAUCCUGAAGAUGGAGCUGGACCAGCUGAAGAAGGAAGUGAGCACACCCAGGACUCCGGUGGGCGCCAACUGCACGGAGACCAUUUCCUUCGUGGAGGCGCUGCUCCCCAACGACCCGCUCAUCAAGGGGGUCCCCGAUGACAAGAACCCCUACAAGGGGGACAAGGGGGGCUGCGUGGUCACAUAGCAGUUGGCCACCUACUGUACAAUGUCUGCACGUCCGUUUGGAAUUAAAUAGUGUCAACAAACAAA